UAUGCUAAAAUCAGUAAGCAGUUUGCAUGUUUCUGUCUUCGCUAGUGUUUAGUCCGGAUUAGUUUUCUCCGUGUAAAUGUCGCUGGAGGAUGAGCUGUCGUGUGCGGUUUGCACUGAUGUCUUCCGUGACCCAGUGUUGUUGAGCUGUGGGCACAGUUUCUGCCGUCAGUGCAUCUAUGAUCACUGGUCCUCCAGCGGAACAAGAAACUGCCCGAUCUGUCGACAGGUUUCACGGCAGCGCCCGGUGGCCAAUGUUAGUCUGAGAAACACCUGCGAGUCUUACCUGAGAGAGCAAAACAACAGGACAGAGCGCAAAGAUGAAGAAGAACAGCAGUGUCUGAUACACGGAGAGAAGAUCGAGCUCUUCUGUCAAAACGAUGAGCAGUUUUUAUGUGCGAGGUGUAGGAAAUGUGGACACGGAUGGCAUAAGACCGUGCCCUUACAACAGGCUGUACGACAACGCAGGGGGAAGCAGAAAGCAGCUCUUCGAUCCGCCGAAAAGACUUUGUUGUCAUUACAGAAUGGUACAGCACGGGAUCCCAAAAUCUCGAAGUACAUUCAGUCUCAGGUUCAGGAGACGCAGAGAAAAAUAAAGGUGGAGUUUGAGAAGCUCCAUCAGUUCCUCAGAAAGGAGGAGGAGAGCAGAAUAAUGUCUUUAAAUGAAGAAGCGGAAGAAAAAAGAGGGACAAUUGACCGAUCAAUACAAGGAGAAAUGCUGACCAUUUGUGACAGGAUCAAAGAGCUGAAAGCAGGAAUUGAAGAUGACGACAUCAGCUUUCUGCAGAAUUAUCAGAGGAUUAUGAACAGGAGUGAGUACACACUCCCAGAACAGGAACUGAGUUCAGAAAGUCUUAUCGAUGUUUCCAAAUAUCUGGGCAAUUUGAAGUAUCAAGUGUGGGAGAAGAUGAAGGAGAUCUGCCCCUACUACCCAGUGAUUCUGAACCCAAACACUUCUGCACCACAGCUCUCUGUGUCAGAGGAUCUGACCUCUGUGACCUCAUCAAUCCAUCGACAGAACAAAACCAGUGAUCUUCCUCUGCACAGGAGCCUUUUGGUGCUGGGCAGCGUGGGAUACAGUGAUGGAGAACACACAUGGGAGAUUGAGGUGGGAAAAAGUCGACACUGGAGCCUCGGAGUGUGUCUUGAAUUGAAGGGAAAACCUAUUACGCAACCGUUGAUCCCUGCAAAUGGCUUCUGGGGUCUCAAAUGUGAGGGAUACAUGUACCACUUGAUGACCGCUGAGGCAUGUGGAUUAAACAUUAAGAGAAAUCCAGAGGUAGUGAGAGUAAAGCUUGAUUAUGUUUGCGAUGACACAAUUGAAAAACAACGCUGGUGUAGGGUGAGCUUUUUUGAUGCCGGCUGUGAUGAGGUUAUUGGAAGAUUUACUAAAGUACCUCUGCAACAUAAACUCUUUCCCAUUCUUAUCCCAGAAGAUCAGUCCAUCCCGCUGCGCGUCGCUCCGGCUAACGUUAUCCUGACCGUUGAAAAGAAAAUCUCCUUCAUGGAGAGACACGAACUCUUGCUUAGGGUCUGUUUUGGUUUUGUCAUGGUUAUAUUAAUAAUUCUCUCAUGGAAGAAUGAGCAGCGAGGCAGAUAAAAAAAGAAAUGAGUGUAAUAGUCACACAUACUGUGAUUGUAGCUCAGAUAACUUACAGAGAGAUGAGCUUUGCACCUAGGGCUGUGACGGUAACGGAUUUUCUGUUACCGCGAUGAUGAAGCAAGAAAUCAUGCGGUAUGUCGGGCAUAUAUAUAUAUAUAUAUAUAUACAUAUAUGCAGUGUUUCCUCUAGGAUUUUUUUCCAGCUGUGGCACAGAUCUACAAACUACCUGUGGCGUUAUUUCAAUGACAAAUGUCAUUAAUGACAAAACUCCUUGCCUCCCCCUCAAAUAUAAGCCGCUUUAAGAGCGCGCAGAUCUUCUUGUGCGCUCUCAAAUAAACGUUGCUGAAGUGCGAUUUAGUGCGUUUAUGUAACUAGUAUGUCUCCAGCAUAUUAAAAAAAUGUUUUGAAUGAAGCUGUAAUGUAGCCGUGGCGGGAUGAAUCCUGGCGUGGCGCCCCACCAUGGAAGAAUGAAUGUAGCGGAAACCAUGUAUUAUAUAUAAAUAUAAAAUCGCUCCACAGAAAAUAAGCAUUUUUAACGCACCCCUG